AUGACGGCUGUCGAAGCAAUACGUGUGGCCUUCGCACUAGCUCAGGUAUACCACAUUACGAAUGCCAAUCAAGCAAUUGAUAUGCCUGCGUAUACUGUAAUUGCCAAUGCGAGCGUGUACACAGUAGAUAGCACGAACCUCUGGGUGAAUGCAUUUGCAUACGACACCUCGGGCGUGAUCAUAGCUGUGGGCACUGACGAGGAAGUGAGUACGCGUGUGCAAGAGAUGGCGACGGUUGAUGGAGGUGAUGUUGUUACAAUAGACGCUGAGGGGAAAUAUAUUAUGCCAGGUUUCCAGGAUACACAUGUGCAUGUUAUAGAAGGCGGGCUGUCAGAAUUAGGCGUAUAUUGCCUUAUGGAGCCAGAUCAGUCAACCGAGCAAUAUAUCGCUGCCCUGCUUGAGUGUUCCGAAAAUCAAACUGGUGUCACGUCCGUCUCUGACGCCGGAGUGUACUGGACACGUGGACAUGUCGAGGCGUGGAGGAGAGCCGAAGCAGAAGGCAUGCUUACUGCAAGAGCUAGCAAUGCGCUGUAUCUCUUUCCUGAUCGCGAAUACACAAGUCAGGUAUUGUUUGACUAUGUGGGUUAG